CAUUUCUUGUGUGGUGCAGUGUCUCAGAUCUCAGUGCUCUCAGUGCUCUUUACAGCAUGCUCUUCGACUAUGUCAACAAAGUGUCAACGUUGCAAGAUGUUUAUGAGCUGUGGCAGGCUGGCAGCUGUGGCACCUGGUCAAAGCGCAUCAAAGGGACGUGACGAGGCGCGUGACGUCACACGUCCACCUUGCGCCCACCUGUGGUAUUUAUUGACGGUUGACAACGAUAUAAACAGACGCGACGAUUCGGGAUCCACAAUUUCAAGCGCAUCGUUCUUGACUUCUAACACCCAUUUCACUUCAUCUCCCGCUCUAUUACAAUGGCUGGAAGAAAACGAGCUGCAGAAGAGUCCGCCACCGAGAAGCGCGAGACGCGCAGUGCCAAGGUGCCCAGAACAGAGGCUCGAAAGAGCGCUAAGGGUACUGGGAAGAAGGGCGCAGCCCGAUUGAAGACGGGGCUGAGUGCCACUGCGUUCAAGUCGCGGGCGCAACCCUUGCAUGUUAACAUUUCACACACUAAGCCUCCUACUGAUGUUGAGUCGACGGAUCCUGGGUUCUUGGAGGCUAUAGAGCUCGUUUCGUCGGGCUUUUCUACUGGGAGCUUUGGAUGGAAGGGGAGCAAGCGGCUGACUGUGAAUUUGCCCAAGUUGGAGGGGGAGGAGGAGGGAGAAGCAGUGCAUGUGAUGUUAACAAUCAACGCCACUGUCAUUGGUAGCAAAGGUGCCAAGGAGGAGGGUGAGGAAGAGCAGGAGGGUGAGAAAUCGGGAGAAAAGGUGGGAGAGAAAACUGAAGAGAAAGCUGAAGAGAAGGUUGAAGAGAAAGAAUCCGAGGGGGUGGAUGAGCCUGUACAAGAGGAACCUGCUCCUCCUGCCGAGGCAACAGAAGAAGAGGCGGCUUCAUAAGUUGUAUUUUUAUUCGUGCGUUAACAAAGUCCUAGUCCCUGAUUUCUUUUUGGUUCAUUCUAUCUACGUUACUGCCAUACAUGAGCAUGACUGAAUUGAA